UUGUUCAGUCGUAGCCAGUCAAAAAUUCUUCCAGCUUGAGAAAGGCUGAAGAAUAUUAAAAUACGGUUCGGAAAUUUUUAAAGUUUAUUAUUGAUUGUGUUCUGGUAACAUAAUGGCAGCAACACUAAGAUUACUUCAAACACAGGCGCGCAAAGCCGGCCAAUAUGGCUUUGAUGUGCAGGCUCGUCAAUUCCAUGCCUCCACCUAUACAGCCUCUAAAGUUGCUCUUUCUAAAUUCGACACUGAUGUCUAUAUGCCUUAUGACAAGUUGUCCAAAACAUUGGAUGUUGUUAAGGGCCGUUUGAAUCGUCCCUUGACUUUGUCCGAGAAGAUUUUGUACUCUCACUUGGAUGAUCCCAAAAACCAGGAUAUUGAACGUGGUACUUCUUAUUUGCGUUUGCGCCCCGAUCGCGUCGCUAUGCAAGAUGCUACUGCUCAAAUGGCUCUGUUGCAGUUCAUUUCAUCCGGAUUGAAGAAAGUUGCCGUGCCCUCCACUGUACAUUGCGAUCACUUGAUUGAAGCUCAAAUUGGUGGCGUCAAGGAUUUGGCUCGUGCUAAGGACUUGAAUAAGGAAGUCUACGAUUUUCUGGCCAGUACUUGUGCCAAGUAUGGUCUUGGUUUCUGGAAACCAGGCAGUGGUAUUAUCCAUCAAAUUAUUUUGGAAAAUUAUGCUUUCCCCGGUUUGUUGAUGAUUGGUACAGAUUCGCACACACCCAACGGUGGUGGUCUUGGAGGUUUGUGCAUUGGUGUCGGUGGUGCUGACGCUGUUGAUGUAAUGGCCAAUAUUCCAUGGGAAUUGAAGUGCCCCAAAGUUAUUGGUGUGAAAUUGACCGGUAAAAUCGGUGGUUGGACCUCACCCAAGGAUGUUAUCUUGAAGGUUGCCGAUAUUCUUACUGUUAAGGGUGGUACUGGUGCCAUCAUUGAAUAUCAUGGCAAGGGCGUUGAUUCUAUCUCAUGUACCGGCAUGGCCACCAUUUGCAAUAUGGGUGCUGAAAUUGGUGCCACCACCUCCGUGUUCCCUUUCAAUGAGCGCAUGGCCGCUUAUCUGAAGUCCACUGGUCGCUCUGGCAUUGCCGAUGAAGCCAAGAAAGCCCAAGCUAAGAUAUUGUCCCCCGAUGCCAACUGUCAGUAUGAUGAAUUGAUUGAAAUCGAUUUGAACACAUUGGAACCCCAUGUCAAUGGUCCAUUCACCCCCGAUUUGGCCCAUCCCAUCAGUAAAUUGGGUGCCAAUGCCAAGAAGAAUGGUUACCCCGUCGACAUUAAGGUUGGCUUGAUCGGUUCCUGCACCAACUCUUCCUAUGAAGAUAUGGGUCGCUGUGCCAGCAUUGCCAAAAAUGCCAUGAAGCAUGGUUUGAAAUCCAAGAUUCCCUUCAAUGUUACCCCCGGCUCUGAACAAAUUCGUGCUACCAUUGAACGCGAUGGUAUCUCUAAGGUGUUCGAUGAGUUUGGCGGUACCGUGUUGGCCAACGCUUGCGGUCCCUGCAUUGGUCAAUGGGACCGUAAGGAUAUCAAGAAGGGUGACAAAAACACCAUUGUUACCUCCUACAAUCGUAACUUCACUGGACGUAAUGAUGCCAAUCCCGCUACCCAUGCUUUCGUAACCAGCCCUGAAUUGGUAACCGCUCUUUCCAUUGCUGGUCGUUUGGAUUUCAACCCACUUACCGAUGAAUUGACUGGUGCUGAUGGCAAGAAAUUCAAAUUGGAUGCUCCCUUCGGAGAUGAAUUACCCUCUAAAGGUUUCGACCCUGGCAUGGAUACCUAUGAUGCUCCUCCAGCUAGUGGUGAAAAUGUAAAAGUUGCUGUUGAUCCCAAGAGCCAGCGUUUGCAACUCUUGGCACCUUUCGAUAAGUGGGAUGGCAAAGAUCUUGUUGAUAUGACCGUACUCAUUAAGGUCAAGGGCAAGUGUACAACUGAUCACAUUUCCGCCGCUGGUCCAUGGUUGAAGUACCGUGGUCAUUUGGACAAUAUCUCUAACAAUAUGUUCAUCGGUGCCACCAACUACGAGAACAAUGAAAUGAAUAAUAUCAAAAAUCAACGUACUGGCAAAUUCGGUGGUGUUCCCGAUGUAGCUCGUGACUACAAGGCUAAUGGCAUCAAAUGGGUUGCCGUCGGUGAUGACAACUACGGUGAGGGUUCGUCUCGCGAACAUGCCGCUUUGGAACCCCGUCACUUGGGUGGUCGUGCCAUUAUUGUCAAAUCAUUUGCCCGUAUCCAUGAAACCAACUUGAAGAAACAAGGUCUAUUGCCCUUGACUUUCGCCAAUCCUGCUGAUUACGACAAGGUUGAACCCACCAGCAAAAUCUCAUUGCUUGGCUUGGCCAACUUGGCACCCGGCAAACAAGUUGAUUGUGAAAUUAAGAAUGGCGACAAAGUACAUAAGAUUAAGUUGAACCACACCAUGAACGAUCAACAGAUCACCUGGUUCAAGGCCGGCAGCGCCCUCAACCGCAUGAAGGAACUUUCUGGCAACUAAAUUCUCCGCUAAGAAUUUUUGCAUGCCUUCUUCUCAAAAACUUUAAAAUUUCUUUCGAUUCCCCACGUCUGAAUCAAAAAGUCUUCUCUUCACAUUGUUAAAUCUCUACGUUAUGCUUUUCGCCUAUUGUCCCCAUUUUAGUUUAGAUCAAUUUUUCGCUAGUAUUUUAAUUUGUACACCAUGCUGCUACAUGGUCGUCUCUACUCUGCAUGGUAUUUGAAUAUACUACACAGUUUUUGUAAAAUUAUUAAUUAUUUGUUUUUAACUUAUUAUGUAGAAAAUGAAUCGAAGAAAUAACUCGAUAUCAAUUGUUAUUGCAUAUGAAAAAAAACAAACCAACACAUUUAUACACCAUCGAUACAAAAACUACUACAUACGAUAUUGUACUUUUAAUAUAUAUAUAUUUUUUUUUUUGUGAAACAAUUUUAUUAUGAAAUGCAACAACAAUAACAACUUAUAGUAAUUGCGUAAUAUUAAUUCAUUCAUUUAACGAACCAUACCAUACCAAUCAAUACACUGUCUCAAAGAUAAAUAAAAAUAUUUAAGUCGAAAUAAAAACAAAUUUUCUAUAAACAAAUAAUGUCUAUUAAAAUCAAUACCAUAUACGGCCCAUACAAACAACAAGGGUCCUGUGUUUGCGCGAGAUUUAUUUUUAUUUUUGUAUUGCCAGGACAAUAAACAUCCAAAACGUUGAUGUUCGUUCCAUUCGAAAUCGAAAUUAUAAGGCGAGUACAUAUUUAUUAUAUAAAUAGAGUUCUUAGAAACAUUUGUGAGAAUAAAAUUCAAGUUAAAAAAAAAAACAAA